UUCGAGCUUCACGCCACACACUAUCUGGCGAAGGGGAAAUCCAUGGCGAUGAGCUUCCUCAAGCCCCACUGCACUCACCGCCUACCAUCAUCAUCUUCUUCGAUUCUUAAUUCUCCAUUUCCAACCAUUUCACCGACAAAAUCCCUAUUUGCAAAUGGUUCGAGCUUCUCCACUCGUAUACCCAUUCACUUCAGAGCCCGACCCAUCUCUUCUACCCAAACAAAACCCUUUUCUUUUAAGGCUUUCUCUUCUCAGAUAUCCGCUUCUGCACCCAAACCAGAUGAAAUGCCAGCGCGUGUUGGAUUUUUGGGUCUUGGAAUUAUGGGUUCACCAAUGGCUCAAAAUCUCAUAAAAGCUGGGAGGUCUAAUGGUGAUUGCCGUUGUAGGUGCGACGUUACUGUUUGGAAUAGGACGGAGAGCAAAUGUAGUCCCCUUAUCUCGCUGGGUGCAAAGUAUAAAUCAUCUCCCAAAGAAGUAGCUGCAUCAUGUGAUGUCACAUUUGCCAUGCUUGCUGAUCCUCAAAGUGCAUUGGAUGUCGCUUGUGGAGAGGAUGGAGCUGCAAAAGGGUUGAGUCCAGGAAAAGGGUAUGUAGAUGUUUCCACAGUUGAUGGUGCCACUUCUAAAUUGAUUGGCACACGAAUCAAAGCAACUGGGGCACUUUUUCUGGAGGCACCAGUUUCAGGCUCCAAAAAGCCGGCAGAAGAUGGACAACUGAUAUUCCUCACAGCAGGUGAUAGAUCUCUGUUUGAGACGGUGGCUCCGCUCUUAGAUAUCAUGGGGAAGUCAAGGUUUUUCCUUGGGGACGUGGGGAAUGGUGCUGCAAUGAAACUUGUUGUGAACAUGAUCAUGGGAAGUAUGAUGGCAUCUUUUUCUGAAGGAUUGCUUCUAAGUGAGAGAGUAGGACUUGACCCGAAGGUUCUAGUAGAGGUAGUUUCACAGGGUGCCAUUAGUGCACCUAUGUUUUCGAUGAAAGGCCCCUCAAUGGUCCAAUCCCUAUAUCCCACUGCAUUUCCCCUGAAGCAUCAACAAAAGGACUUGCGGCUUGCUCUGGGGUUAGCCGAAUCCGUUUCCCAACCUACACCAAUUGCAGCCGCAGCUAAUGAACUAUACAAGGUGGCUAAAUCUCGCGGCCUUAGCGAUGAGGACUUCUCUGCUGUCAUCGAAGCACUAAAAGUAAAAUUGCAAAGCCAAUCAAAGGAGUAAAAAGUUGUUUUCCAUGUAGCUCUUUUGUCGACGAUUGUGUGUUUAGCUUUCCCUUUGGAUGUUUUGGGUUGGGCAAUUACUUUGCAAGUUCUCUUAAAGGCAUGGGACCUUCUUGUCUCCCAUGAUUGUACAAGGAUACAUACAAGGUACAAGCAGUCCUUGUUAUAAUUGUAAGACAGCUAUGACCUUUUGAAUCUCACAUCUUCGUAGGGAUCAUGAUUUCACCUUUA